UGCAGCUAUUCACGGCAGCAAAGCAACACUCGAGCGCCGCCGACAACCUCGAAGCUAGUCCAUACUAGUGGAAGGUUGUCGUCUGCAACUCUCAAGAAUCACAAAUCUUUUUAACUUCGAGGAAGAAGAAAAAGUUUGGAAACGUAUAUGUAUGUGUAUAUGGGUCGGGGGAAGAUUCAGUUGAAAAGGAUCGAGAAUCCGGUGCACCGGCAAGUGACGUUCUGCAAGCGCCGCGCCGGCCUGAUUAAGAAGGCCAAGGAGCUGUCGGUGCUGUGCGACGCCGACGUCGGCGUCCUCGUUUUUUCAUCUAAUGGGAAGCUCUACGACCUAGCCACUCAAGGAAACAUGCAAGGGAUGAUCGACAAGUACGUGAAGUUUACAGGGGGAGCUCAGGUGACUGAAGUCACUGAACAGGAACCCAGAGAUAAGCAUGUUCUGGAUGCAAAAGAGGAGAUUAACAUGCUGAAAAACCGAAUUACAAUACUCCAAGAGGGCCUAAGGUUCAUGUAUGGGGGAGGAAUUGGAGCAAUGAGUAUAUAUGAAUUGGAUGCACUUGAAAAGUAUCUUGAAGGGUGGAUGCAUCAUGUACAUUCAGCAAAGAUGAAUCUAAUGUUUCAAGAGAUGCAGCAGCUGAAGAAUAAGGAAGGGACUCUAAGAGCAACAAACAAACAUUUACAAGAAAAGGUGGAUGAAGAAUAUCGCAGGAUGAUAACAAGUAUAUAUGGCAUCAAUUGACUGAGAAUGAGAUUUUCAUCAAGCCCACAUACUGAUUAUUGAAUAUUUGAGGGGAAAUAACACUUUCAGUCCGUCAAUAAUGUAAUAU